AAUAACAACUAAUAUCUUUUUCUGAAAUAAAAUAGGUUCUGGAAAAACAAAAGCCUAUGAGUCAUUGCAAAUUGCCAUGACACAUUUGAAAGGUAAAAUAUCACCAGCCGGCUCAUCUAUUUGAAGCUCCAAAAGAUUGCUCAUAUCGAUUAUAUUUCCUGAGUGAUUGAUUAAUCAGUCUUACGUCAACAUGACACAAACUGCAGUACAGAGAAGCGCCACGAUCGACAUGUUGUGGUAUCGACAUAAUUGUCAAUGAUUACGAGUAAUUAAACAGAGUCUUUUACAGUUUAUUUAAAAGAAAUCUCGUCGUAAUUGAAAUUUUUUAUCAAAAAAUCCCAGUUUUUGACUUUUUCGAAAUGUGUGUAAGGAAGCAACUAUAGUGAUCACACUCUUCAAAUAUGGCAGCAUUUUUUACAAGAUAUUCAGAAAGCAAAGACAAUUCGUGAAGAUUCCAAUAUUCCUUCCCGAAUAAACAGAAACCAGAAACAAGUAAGCUAGAAAAAAUAGUAAAAAGACUUGCAGAAUGUUUCAGGAUAGUUCUAUAGCUGCAUACAUUACCAGAACAGUACUGUAAAAGACGAAUGUAGUCAGCCACUUUACAGUUUAUUUCCUGCAUUAUUAUUCCGAGACCUUUUAUCGGUAUCUCACUUCGAUUUCAGUUGAUCAUCACUGUCAUCUGAUAGCAGUUAAUGUUCCUUUUGUUCUUCCAUAUCAUGUUAUUUAUUUUAUUUGGUAGUUCGAAAAUUUUGUUUUCAGACUUAUUAUAUUGCGCAACUUACAAUUAAUGCCGCAACAGGACGAUUUACCUCGUAGCAAUACACGUAGUCGUCUAUCAGGUCGUUCGUCACGUCUUAGGUCCAGCGGUGCAAACGGUGUUAACGGUCAUGUGCAUGAAAAUGGUCAGCCAUCUCUAGAUGCAAGGCAACGCGGCUAUUACUCAGAACUUGCAACAGUCAAUCCAGAAUUAGAAUUCGAUUUAUCAAGAUCAGCCCCAACAGUGCAAGAUGAUCUACUACGAGAAACAUUUCGAGUAUCGAAUACUGCUCGAGCUAGUAUAUUUCAAUUGUAUGGAAAUGAUAUACAACAGUAUUUACAAAAGCAAGAUGAAUUUACUACUGAACUCAAACGAAGUCAGUUGUAUUCUGAGCGAGCAGUUGAACCGAAAGUAUUUUUACCGUUUUAUAAUGCUCCUUAUACACUACCACGAAAAGUUGAAAUAGAAAGACGAAAACGUCUUUACUUAUCGUUAGAUGUUGAAACAUUACUUCAAGAGAGAGGUAUCAUUACAUCAGAACUAAUGCCAAAAUAUAUUCCAGCUGACAAAGUUGUAACGUUGAAUUUACCAAAUCAAGAUCCAGCACCAUUUGCGCCGUUAUUACCAUUACAUUAUUUUGAUGAUACCGACUAUGAUAUAUGGACACCCGAAUCUUGGCUAAGUUUAGCUCGAGACGAGAAAACUGGUUUACAAAAACCUCUACCGGGUGUUGCUUUACUUCCGAAUGUUUCAUCAUCAAACCUAUUGAAUGUCAAAGAUCCAAAUCUUCAAUAUAGUUGGAAAAACGUUAGUGUCUAUGCUUAUGAUAAUGAAACAAACAUGUGGCUUGUUCAACGAGAUGAUGAAGAACAUAAUGUAUUUGAUAUGUAUCGACCGGCUAAGAAAAGUCGAAAACAGGAAGAAAAUGGUGACUCCAAAACGAACGGACAUAUGAAUGGAGAAAAAGAUCAUUAUAAUGAUAUCAAUCGCGAGCGUUAUUGGAUACCUCGAAUACAAUUACAUUUUCUAGCUGAAGAUCCUCGAAAGUUUGCUGAUCGUGUCGCAAAAGCAUUUCAAGAUCGAAAACGAGCGGAAGCAGAAUUACGAACGAGUUUAUAUAUUGAUUGUAUGCCAAUGGAUGGAAUUGGCAAGUUGGAUGAUGAAAGAGUAAAACGAAUUCAAGAAUUUGCGAAAACAAACAUGAUAGCCAAAACAUUUAAAGACGAAUAUACUGGACCAAUAGUCGAAGAAGUAAAUGUUGAUUAUGCUCGUACAAUGAAUUCAAUGAUAUUUGAAGAAGUGACACAAGCUGAUCCCGUGUCAUUUGCGUUUGUUACAUUACCACAGAAAUCAAAACGUAGAGUGCCCAAGACUGGUUGCGUUGAUAUACCAGAAUAUUCAUUUAAUGAAGUAUUCGAUCAAUUUAAAUUUAUUUCCCUGUUGACAUCAAAACCAGCUAUUGAUGCGUUAAAAUUGGUUCGAACAGAAUGUGAUUAUGUUAUUAAUAAUUUAAGUUUAUUACAAAAAAAUAUUCCAAAACAUAUCAAAUUAGAUGAAUUCGAAGCAAUGCAACUGAAUCAAACAUCAACCACACACAUGUAUUUGACAGAUACGUGGAAAAAUAAUCUUCGUCAAGGAAUUAAAACAAAAUUCAUUGAUGUUGGACGUGGAUGGUAUAAUAUAAAUGAGUCCGAUUAUCAUAUUUAUAAAGUAUCUAAAUUAAAAAAAUUUAUCGAACGUGUUAAAUAUAUGAUGCAAGAUACUUUGAGAUUUCUUGUACAAGAUUCAUGUCAAAAUUAUGUCAAAAUGUUAACUGAAGCAUGUACGCCAAUAAUGGGUUUAAAUGAAAAUUUUGAAUGGUCGAAAAAUGAUCUGAUCAAUAGUCCAUACAAACCACCAAAAAAUCCGUUAUUUCAUUUGGAUCUAACCAUUGAUCAAGUUGGACCACGUUAUAUAACACCUUAUGAAAGUUUUCCAAAUAUAAUUAUUGGUGCAUUUGAACGUGCUAUUACGCAAACACAAGCAAUACCUCAAAUAGAAAAAGAUGUUAUGGAAAAUAUAUUUUGGGGUGGAGAGACAAUGCGAUUGGAAUCAGUCGCUUUACAAGAAGAAAAAGUUAUGGAAUGGAAAGAAACAUUGCAAAAAUCAAUCGAACAAUCAUUGAUACCAUUGCGAGCAUACGCAGAUGCAUAUGAACCAUACGUUGCAUUAAUGAACUUAAAUAUUGAUCAAUAUAUUAAAGAUUUUGAAAAAACUGAAAAGUCUAUUGAAGAAGUGCGCAAUGAGAUUCUAAUGCAUAUAAAAGAGAAAGACAAAUUGGAGAAAAACAUACCAGUUUCAGUUGUUAUUGGACCAUAUUAUGUGUUUGCUCAGAAAUUACGAGAAGCACUCUCAACAAAACGUAAAACAUUGGUGGAAGCUCUAUUAAUUAGUCAAGCACGUAAAGCACGAAUAAAAACUGAAGAGUUAAAUGAUUCAUUUCGUGAUGUGCAACGAAAGUUAUAUGAAAAAGCUAAUACCGCAGAAGAUCUAGCUGAACAUCGUGAAUGGAUGAAAAGUGUACCAGAAUUAUUGGACGAUAAAAAGGAUGAUAUGCAAAAAAUAUUAGAUGAAUUUGGCUUAUUAGACGAAUUUCAUUGUAAUCUAUCGAAUGAAGAUUUUUCGUUUAAAUAUGGUCUUAUUGCAUGGCCAUGGAAAAUUCGAACGUUUUUGGAACAAAUCGAAGAACAACACAAAGAAGACGAAGAAAGAUUUAAAAAAUUACAAGUUCAAGAUACAGCUGCAUUGAACGACAAAAUGGAUCAAUUAACAAUGAGUGUCGCCGGUUUAUCAGGUCAUACAUCGAUUGAACGUGCUCACGAAGUGGCUAAUGAAUGUCGUAAAUUAAACAAAGCAUUGAAAGAAUGUCAAGAAUCAGCAGCAACAUUUAAUAAUCGAGAACGUUUACUUGGAUUACCUGUCACUAAUUAUGAAAAAUUGAACAAAUUAAUCAAAGAUUUUGAACCAUUCCGUGUUCUAUGGUCAACAGCAUCAGAUUGGAUGAACGAUCCAAUUAUUUCUGUGAAUGCCGAAGAUAUCGAGAAAAACGUGACGGAAAUGUACAAAAAUAUGCAUAAAUCGAUAAAAAUAUUUCAAGACAAUGAGGGAAUUCAACAAAUAGCUCUCACUGUUAAGUCAGAUAUUGAAGAUUUUAAACCAAAAAUUCCGUUGAUUCAGGCACUUAGAAAUCCUGGUAUGAGGAAUCGACAUUGGGAAGAGCUUUCUGAAUUGGUAAACAUGCCGAUACGUCCAAAAAAGGAAUUAACAUUUUCAAAAUGUUUGGAUAUGGGUUUACAAAAACAUAUCGAAUCGAUAUCGAAAGUAGCUGAAAAAGCUGGCAAAGAAUAUUCGAUUGAACAACAAUUGGAUAAAAUGGAAAAUGAUUGGAAAUCUGUUAAAUUUGAAGUGUUACCAUAUAAAACUACGGGCACAUUUAUCAUAAAAACGUCUGAAGAAAUUAGUCAAAUGUUAGAUGAUCAUAUUGUUGCUACACAAUCAAUGUCAUUCUCACCAUUUAAAAAAGCAUUUGAAGAACGUAUUGCAGCGUGGGAAAAUAAAUUAAAAAUAACUCAAGAAGUUUUGGAUGAAUGGUUAGCAUGUCAACGUUCGUGGCUUUAUUUAGAGCCCAUAUUUUCAUCAGAAGAUAUUAUACGUCAAUUACCAGUUGAAAGUAAACGAUAUCAAACUAUGGAACGUAUAUGGAGAAAAGUAAUGAAACAAGCAAAAGAUAAUCCGGAAGUGAUCACAUUAUGUCCAGAAUCACGUUUGCGUGAUAAUUUACGAGAAGCAAAUAAACUCUUGGAACAAGUACAAAAAGGUUUAAGUGAAUAUUUAGAAACAAAACGCAUGGCAUUUCCUCGAUUUUAUUUUCUAUCCGAUGAUGAAUUGUUACAAAUAUUAUCACAGACAAAAGAUCCGAAAGCUGUACAACCUCAUUUACGAAAAUGUUUUGAAAAUAUUAACAAAGUCCAUUUUGAAGAUGAUAUGCGUAUUAGUAAAAUGUAUUCGGCUGAAAAUGAAGAAGUAGAAUUUCGAAAAGAAAUUUAUCCUGUUGGAAAUGUUGAAGAUUGGAUGAGUGAAAUUGAACGCAUUAUGAGAGAAACAUUAAGACAAAUAAUUAGAGAUUCGUUACAAGACUAUUUGACGCGGCCACGAAAAAAAUGGGUGCAGUAUUGGCCUGGUCAGGUUGUCAUUGCGGGAUCACAGGUAUAUUGGACGAAGCAAGUAUCCGAAGCACUUGAACGUAAAGAUAUUCGAAUUUAUCAUGAACAACAAUUGCGAGAAUUAGAUGAAUUAAGAGAAUUAGUUCGUAGUGAUUUAACAGAUAAUGCACGUGAAACGUUAAAAGCACUUAUUGUGAUUGAAGUACAUGCCAGAGAUGUUGUGAUUAAUCUACUUGAAGAAAAAGUACAAAAUGUUAAUGAUUUUGAAUGGAUAUCACAAUUAAGAUAUUAUUGGACUGACGAUCAUCUAUAUAUUCGCGCUGUUAAUGCAGAAUUUCGUUAUGGUUAUGAAUAUUUGGGAAAUACGCCACGUUUAGUUAUAACACCAUUAACAGAUCGUUGUUAUUUAACAUUAACUGGUGCACUACAUCUUAAAUUUGGUGGAGCACCCGCAGGACCUGCUGGAACGGGAAAAACAGAAACAACAAAAGAUCUCGCUAAAGCUAUGGCCGUGCAAUGUGUCGUAUUCAACUGUUCGGAUCAACUUGAUUUUAUGGCCAUGGGCAAAUUUUUCAAAGGUUUAGCAAGCUCGGGUGCCUGGGCUUGUUUCGAUGAAUUCAAUCGAAUUGAUAUUGAAGUAUUAUCGGUUGUUGCUCAACAAAUUACUGUUAUUCAACAAGCUCAAUUUCAAAGGGCUGAACGUUUCAUGUUCGAGGGUGUCGAAAUUGUUCUCAAACAGUCUUGUGCUGUUUUCAUAACAAUGAAUCCAGGAUACGCUGGAAGAACCGAACUACCUGAUAAUCUAAAAGCAUUGUUUCGUCCAGUUGCUAUGAUGGUUCCUGAUUAUGCCCUAAUCGCCGAAAAUUCGUUGUUUUCAUUUGGUUUUUCUGAUGCUAAAGCAUUAGCAAAGAAAAUUGUUCAAACAUUUAAACUUUCAUCUGAACAAUUGAGUGCUCAAGAUCAUUAUGAUUUUGGUAUGAGAGCAGUAAAAAGUGUAAUAUCAGCAGCUGGCAAUCUCAAACGACAAUAUGCAACGAUGAAUGAAGAACUUAUAUGUCUGCGAGCUAUUCGAGAUGUAAAUGUGCCCAAAUUUCUUCAAGAUGAUCUUAAACUGUUUACCGGUAUUGUUUCAGAUUUAUUUCCAAAAAUAAAAGAAGAACCAAUUGAUUACGAUAUACUUGAAGAAGGUUUAAGUUUUGCUUGCAAACAACUUAAUUUGAAAGAUGUACCAGGAUUCGUACUAAAAUGUAUUCAGUUAUUUGAAACAACAAUUGUUCGUCAUGGACUCAUGCUAGUUGGUCCAACAGGUUCUGGAAAAACAAAAGCCUAUGAGUCAUUGCAAAUUGCCAUGACACAUUUGAAAGGUAAAAUAUCACCAGCCGGCUCACCAUUUAAACCAGUGCAUACAUCCGUACUCAAUCCUAAAAGUAUCACUAUGGGUCAAUUGUAUGGACAGUUUGAUGAAUUAACUCAUGAAUGGACCGAUGGAAUACUCUCGACACUGAUGCGUCUAGGUGUUGCAGCUGAAAAUGAUGAUAAACGUUGGUAUUUAUUUGAUGGACCAGUUGAUGCAGUUUGGAUUGAAAAUAUGAAUACAGUAUUAGAUGAUAAUAAAAAAUUAUGUCUGAGUAGUGGUGAAAUUAUCAAAAUGACAGAUGCAAUGACAAUGAUGUUCGAAGUUGCAGAUCUUUCACAAGCUUCACCAGCGACAGUUAGUCGUUGUGGUAUGGUCUAUCUUGAACCAUCGAUUCUUGGUUUACAACCUUUUGUUGAAUGUUGGUUAAGAAAAUUACCAGAUCCCGUUUUCAAAUAUUAUGAUCAACUCAAUAAAUUAUUUGAGACAUAUUUGGAGCCAUCAAUCAAAUUUAUUCGUAAAAAUGUCAAAGAAAUUAUCCCAACAUACGAUUCAAAUUUAACAUUUAGUCUAUUGAAAAUGUUAGAUUGUUUCGUACAACCAUUUCGACCAAGAGAAUCUGAUAAACCGGCCACAACUGAGGCACUUGAACGUUUAAACGAAUUCAUCGAAUCAUGGUUUCUUUUUUCGUUGAUAUGGUCUGUCGGUGCGACGUGUGAUAAUGACGGUAGACGAAAAUUUUCAGAAUGGUUAAGAAAAAAAUUUGAACAUGAAACGAUAAAAUUGCCGAUACCGAAUGAGGGUCUUGUUUAUGAUUACGUUUUGGAUGAUGGUGGAAUUUUUAGUUCAGGAGAAGAAGGCAAGAGCGAAGAAGAAGAAGAUGCAUCAAAAAAACGUCAAAUCCGUUGGAGACAUUGGCUGCAAGGUUUACCACCGUAUCAAAUAGCUCCCGAUGCAAAAUAUAGUGAUAUUCUUGUGCCAACAAUUGAUAAUGUUCGUAAUGCAUAUGUUACUGAAAUGUUGUUACGUAUGGAUAAACCCGUUUUAUGUGUUGGUCCAACUGGUACAAGUAAAACAUUAACAGUUGUCGAUAAAUUAAUGCGUUCAAUGCCAAAAGAAUUUAGUCCAGAAUUUAUUGUCUUUUCGGCUAAAACAAAUGUUAAUCAAACACAAGAUUUAAUUGAUUCAAAACUGGAUAAAAGACGUCGUGGAAUAUUUGGUCCUCCGCUUGGCAAGGUGUUCAUCUUUUUCAUCGAUGAUUUAAAUAUGCCUGCUUUGGAAACGUAUGGUUCUCAGCCACCCAUUGAACUGAUUCGUCAGUAUAUGGAUUUUAAAGGCUGGUAUGAUCGUAAAGUAGUUGGUGAAUUUCGUAAUUUGGUAGAUAUCAAUUUUAUAUGUGCAAUGGGUCCUCCAGGAGGCGGUCGAAAUCCUGUGUCACCAAGAUUAACUCGACACUUCAACUUUUUGUCAUUUACUGAAUUAGAAAAUGAUAGUAUGUUAAAAAUAUUUUCAACAAUAUUCGAUUGGUGGACAAAAGCAUCCGAUAUAUCACAAGCAAAUAGUGAAAAAUUAAUAUUAACAUCAAUUCAAGUUUAUAAAACAGUGUGCACACAGUUACUUCCUACACCAAACAAAUCUCAUUACACGUUCAAUUUGCGCGAUUUAUCCAAAGUAUUUCAAGGAAUGUUAAUGGUGGAAGCAAAAAAAAUUGAUGUACAAAAACUGCUCCGUUUAUGGUAUCAUGAAAAUUGUCGCGUGUUUCAAGAUCGCUUAAUUAAUGAUGAAGAUCGUGGUUGGUUUCGAAAUUUAUUAGGUGAACGUAUUAAAACAGAUUUUGAACUGGAGUCUGAGUCUCUCAUCCAAGAGCCCGUAAUAUUUGGUGAUUUUCUUUCUCAUGGUGGUGAAAAGGCCUAUCAAGAAAUUACGGAUGUAGCAUUGAUGAAAAAACGUUUGGACGAAUAUCUUGAAGAGUAUAAUCAAGUGAAUGUAGCUAAAAUGAAUCUGGUUUUAUUUAUGGAUGCGAUGAGACAUGUAGCGAAGAUAACGAGAAUUAUCAGACAACCGUUGGGUAAUGCGUUGCUGUUGGGUGUAGGCGGAUCGGGACGUCAAUCACUAACAAAACUGGCUGCUUUCAUAGCUGAAUAUGAAUUACGGUCAAUUCAAUUAUCUAAAAGUUAUGGUCUUGCUGAAUGGAAAGAAGAUUUAAAAAAGUUUAUGUUGCAUGCGGGCUUAAGAAAUACACCGACUGUAUUUUUAUUCAGUGAUACACAAAUUAAAAGUGAAUCAUUUUUGGAAGAUUUAAAUAAUAUAUUAAAUUCUGGUGAUGUACCUAAUAUCUAUGUACUGGAUGAAUUAGAACAAAUUUUCACGGCUAUGAAACCUAUUGUUAGCGAAGCUGGUUUACAACCAACGAAAACAAAUCUCUAUUCUGCUUAUACAAAACGUGUACGACAAAAUUUACAUACAGUCGUAUGUAUGAGUCCGAUGGGUGAAGUAUUUCGAGCUCGUUUAAGACAAUUUCCUGCAUUAGUCAACUGUUGUACAAUAGAUUGGUUUUCAGAAUGGCCUAAAGAUGCAUUAGAAUCUGUGGCUGAAACAUACUUAAAUAAUAUGCCGACAUUAGAUGCAAGCGAUGAAAUUGUGGGAGGAUUGGUUAAACUUUGUCAAGAAAUUCAUCAGACGGUUGCUCUUAUGACAAAAAAAUAUCGAGAUGAAUUAAGUCGACAUAAUUAUGUUACACCGACAAGUUAUCUAGAAUUAUUAAAUAUAUUUUCAAAAAUAUUUGGAAAGAAAAAAGAUGAACUUGUUUUGGCUAAAAAACGAACAAAAACUGGUUUAGAUAAGUUAUUGGCAACAGAAAAAGAUGUUAGUAAAUUACGUAUUGAAUUGAAUGAAAUGCUUCCAUUAUUGGAUCAAGCUGUGAAUGAAACAAACGAUACAAUGGCUAAAAUAGCAGAUGAUACAGCGAGUACCGAAGUAAUUAAACGUAAAGUACAAACAGAAGAAGAACAAGUAAAAAAGAAAGUUAUUGAAACAAAAGCUAUUGCGGCAGAAGCACAAGAUCGUCUUAAUGAAGCAAUGCCGGCACUUGAAGCAGCAUUACAAAGUUUAGAAGUAUUAAGCAAAAAUGAUAUAAACGAAGUGAGAGCCAUGCAACGGCCACCUGCAGGUGUUAGACUAACAAUGGAAGCUGUUUGCAUUCUUAAACAAGUCGAACCAAUUAAAGAGCCAGUACCUGGUCAACCCGGAAAGAAACAGGACAACUUUUGGGAUCCAGGACGUCAGCUAUUAUCUGAUCCAGGAAAAUUUUUAGAAAGUUUAAGAAAUUAUGAUAAAGAAAAUAUUCCUGAACCUGUUAUACAAAAAUUACAAAAAUAUAUUGAUAAUGCAGAAUUUGAUCCAAUAAAAAUUGAAAAGGCAUCAAAAGCUUGUAAGUCAAUUUGUCAAUGGUGUCGUGCCAUGUACACAUUUUAUAUGAUUAAUAAAGAAGUAUUGCCAAAAAAAGAAGCAAAAGAAAUGGCCGAAAAAGAAUUGGAAGUUAUUCGUGAAAUUCUUGCACAAAAAAUAUCAGAAUUAAAAAAAUUAGAAGAUGGUCUUCGAACAUUACAAGUAAAAUACGAAGAUGCAGUACGAAAAAAAAAUGAAUAUGAAAAUAAAGUUGAAGAAUGUAAUGGACGUAUAAUACGAGCAGAAAGAUUAAUUACCGGAUUAGGAGAUGAAAAAAUACGUUGGCAAGAAAAUGUUGCACAAUUAGAUGAUUAUUUAGCUAAUGUUAUUGGCGAUGUACUUGUAGCAAGUGGUUUUGUAGCAUAUCUAGGACCGUUUACAACAGAAUAUCGUGAUAAUAUGGUAAAAGAAUGGAUUACAAAAUUAAGUGCCUAUCAAAUUCCUCAUUCAGCUAAUCCAGAAGUUAUACGUGUAUUAGGAGAUGCGGUUAAAAUAAGAAAUUGGCAAUUAGCUGGUUUACCAAAGGAUAAUUUAUCAGUACAAAAUGGUGUCAUUGUACAAUAUUCAAAUCGUUGGUCAUUAUUUAUUGAUCCUCAGGGUCAAGCAAAUAAAUGGAUUAAAAAUAUGGAAAAAAAUACGGGUCUCGAUGUUAUGAAACUAUCCGAUCGUGAUUAUUUACGUACACUAGAAAAUUCAAUUCGAUUUGGUAAACCGUGUCUAUUGGAAAAUGUUGGGACAGAUCUUGAUCCAGCUUUAGAACCUGUUCUUCUUCGACAAACUUAUCGACAAAGUGGUAGUACAGUCAUAAAACUUGGCGAUGCUAUUAUCCCAUAUCAUGAUGAUUUUCGAUUUUAUAUCACUACAAAAUUACCGAAUCCUCAUUAUACACCAGAAGUAUCGGUUAAAGUAACAAUGGUUAAUUUUACACUAUCUCCAAGUGGUCUUGAAGAUCAAAUGUUGGCACGCGUUGUAGCCGAAGAACGUCCUGAUCUUGAAGAAAUGAAAAAUACAUUAAUUGUAUCAAAUGCAACAAUGAGAAAUGAAUUAAAAGCAUUAGAAGAUACAAUAUUAGAAAAAUUAAGUACAUCUGAAAAUCCUGUAGAUGAUAUUGAAUUAAUUAAUGCACUUGAAGCAUCAAAAGCAAAAUCAACAGAAAUUAAAGUAAAAAUGCAAGCAGCAGAACAAACUGAAAAAGAUAUUGAUGCAACACGUAGUGAAUAUGUACCAGUAGCUGUAAAUACACAAAUAUUAUUUUUUUGCGUAUCAGAUUUGGCUAAUGUUGAUCCUAUGUAUCAAUAUUCUCUUGAAUGGUUUACAAAUAUAUUUUUAUCCAGUGUUCAAAGUGCUCCACGUGCAGAUGUACUAGAUAAACGUAUUAAAAAUAUAAAUGAAUAUUUUACAUUUAAUUUAUAUUGUAAUGUUUGUCGAAGUUUAUUUGAAAAACAUAAACUAUUAUUUGCAUUUUUGUUAACCGUACGAAUAUUGAUGAAUCAACAAAGAAUACAAAUGUUCUCUUAUGUAUUAGCGUGUCUUUGUGAGAAAACAUAUAAUCGUUGUUGUUAG